CAAGUGAACCGUGGAGCUGCUCGGGGAUGAUAUGAGCGAGAGAGCGGGCUCGCGACGUGACGGUCUCCACUGAUGUCGCCGCCUGAACUACCAAGUUUGUCUGCUGCGGGGAGAUUCACUCAAGAUCUAACUUUUCUUCUGAAACACCAAUGAAGAUCUCAAGGAACUUUUAAAUAUCAACUUUCCUGACAAAGACAGUAGACACAGGAAGGGUCAAAACAUACGACUAUGAUUAUCUGUAAAACCCAAUGAAGAGCAGAUAUUCAUUUUUAUUUUGAAACGUUUUGUACAGAGCUUUUUGUUUUUAAAAGGUUAAUCAUGGACACUACGGCAGCGCCUCAGGUUAUCGUGGACAACACAGAAUGUGAGGAAGACUCGGCUCUGCCUACAGACGAUCACCUCAUGGACGUGAAGGCCCUGACAGAGAAACUGAGGCUGGAGACGAGGAGACCUUCUUACCUCGACUGGAAAGCCCAGCUGGAGAUGGAAAGCUUCAGAGAGUUAGGAUCUGCAAAAAGCCCGGUCCAAGUGGAGCCUGAGGGGAAGGCAGCGCCCCCCAAUGACACUGCAGGGAGGUCUGAUGUGAUUCAGUGCAAGAUGCCGUCAGGUGCGCUGAAAGGGUUCGAGAACAUCGAUGAAGCUCUCAGCUGGCUGAGGAGGGAACUGACGGAUAUGCGUAUCCAGGACCAGCAGCUGGCGAGGCAGCUCAUGCGGCUCCGCAGCGACAUCAACAAGCUGAAGAUAGAGCAGACGUGCCACCAACACCGGCGGAUGCUCAAUGACGCCACGUACGGCCUAGAGGAGCGGGACGAGCUGUCCGACCUGCUGUGUGAGUGUCCCGUCACCCCGGGGCUCGGCCUCUCCGCCCCGCUGAGGCUCAUCGGCGUCACAAAGAUGAACAUUAACUCUCGACGUUUCUCGCUUUGCUAGUGCUGGCACUAAAAAUCCUGAAAACCCCAAAACAGCCCCGGUUGUUUGUGAGAUUGUGGAGUAAUCUUUUUUUUACCACAAUGUUGUGAGGGAUGUAAACACCGUUUUAAAGUCCCUAUAAUCAAAGACAGAGAUUUAGGUCAUAUAUACUAUUUAGAAAAAAGGAUUCUAGUGUAGGAAGUAAAUAUAUAAUUUGUUUGCCACUUAACUAUAAUAUAUGGCAGCUAUAAACAGAAACCUUUAUUUCUUAAAACCACAGCAGAUUUUUAGAAUUUUAGACAUUUAAACAGAAUACUUGCCCUUUCCUAAACUACAGUAAAGCAAUCUCAAUCUUAUUCUGAGAGCUUUGUAAGCCUCCUCAGCUAAACUAAAAGCUCUAUAUGUUUCCAUUUAUUGUUGUUGGUUGCCAAGAUUUACCCAGCAGAGAUUGCAUAUUAAAUAUAUUCUUACUGCAUACAGACCUCUAUGUAUGACGUUUCAGUGACAGCCUGUCCUGCAGCUUAAUCUGAAUGUUAAAUGUAUGCAUUUAAAAGAGGUUUUAAUAUGGAUUCGAUUGGUACACUAUGCUAUACCUUAUGCACAACUGAUUAAACGAGUAGUUUAGAAAGCAUCUGUAGAAUAUGAUAAAAACGAUUCUCUAUAAUGACUGUCUUUUGCACUAGUUGUUUAAAUCGCAGUGGUUUCCAGUAAAUUGCUGCUCUUUGUUAUAAAUAAAGAUGUUUAACUCUC